AUGAGAUUAUCUAUACUCCUCUCAUCCAGUUUUGUUAAGCGCUGUGUCAGUUUCAGUCUUCCUCCUCGUACAUAUUCUUUAUGCAAACCAAGACGCUUAACCAGUCAAGAACUCAGUUUCGACCUUAGGUAUUGUCCCCUAAGAAAAUUUCAUCUCCAUCCUUAUCUUUUCGCUGUACGUGUGGUUAACGUCCCUCCAUUCGCUGAAUCUGUUACAGAAGGAGAUAUUGUAUGGAAAAAGGCAGUUGGCGAUGCGGUCGAAGCAGACGAAGUUGUUGCAGAAAUCGAAACUGAUAAAACAAAUGUUUCGGUUCCAGCCCCUUGUGCAGGUGUAAUAACACAGUUGCUGGUUGAAGAUGGGGGAAAAGUUAGUGCUGGUCAGGAAAUAUUUAAAAUGGAAGAAGGUGCUUCUCCCACUUCAAAAUCGCCAGAAAAGAAACCUGUUCAAGAACCUGAGAAAAAACAAACUAUAGAUGCACCUCCAUCUCCAAAGCCAACAUCUGUUCCAGCUUCACCUGUAAUUAAAGCCGAAAGCGUAUCUGUGCCGAAGGUUCCAGACACUGCUGUAUUAUCUUCGCAAACACCAACAUCUACCGAUGGUGCACGCUCAGAGCAACGUGUUAAGAUGAGCCGCAUGAGACUCCGAAUAGCUCAACGACUAAAAGAUGCGCAAAACACGUGUGCCAUGUUAAGUACUUUCAAUGAAAUUGAUAUGUCUAAUCUUUUUGAACUAAGACGUCAGUAUAAAGACACCUUUUUGAAAAUUCACGGUGUUAAACUGGGGAUGAUGUCUACGUUCGCUAAAGCUUCUGCUAUUGCUCUUAUGGACCAACCAGCUGUCAACGCUGUAAUUGAUGGUACUGACAUAAUAUACAGAGACUAUGUAGAUAUUAGUAUCGCUGUAGCAACACCCAAAGGACUUGUUGUCCCCGUACUGCGUAAUGUUGAAAAAAUGAAUUAUGCUGAUAUUGAGCGUGGAAUUCACGAUAUGGGAGUGAAAGCUCGUGAUGGAAAGUUGGCAGUUGAAGAUAUGGAUGGAGGUACUUUUACAAUCAGUAAUGGUGGUGUCUUUGGUUCAUUGUUUGGGACGCCUAUAAUCAAUCCACCGCAAUCAGCAAUCUUAGGUUUAUAUGGUGUAUUUGAUCGUCCUGUUGCACGAAAUGGACAAGUUGUUAUUCGUCCAAUGAUGUAUGUCGCCUUAACAUACGAUCAUCGUUUGAUUGAUGGUCGUGAAGCAGUCACAUUUUUACGAAAAAUCAAGGAAUUUGUUGAAGAUCCACGAAUGUACUUCCUUCAGAUAUGA